AUGUCCAUUGAGAAUCUGAAAUCAUUUGAUCCUUUCGCCGACACAGGAGACGACGAAACCGCCACUUCAAACUAUAUUCAUAUUCGUAUCCAACAAAGAAAUGGUAGAAAGACUUUGACUACGGUGCAGGGUGUGCCUGAAGAGUACGACCUGAAGAGAAUUCUGAAGGUGCUAAAAAAGGACUUUGCAUGCAACGGGAACAUUGUCAAGGACCCAGAAAUGGGUGAGAUUAUCCAGUUGCAGGGUGACCAAAGAGCAAAGGUUUGCGAGUUUAUGAUCGCCCAACUGGGGCUGCAAAAGAAGAACAUCAAAAUUCAUGGGUUUUAA